GUGAGCAUAGAAUCCAUUGUUCCUCCUCUCCUUCGAGUUUGGAACGACUGGAGCUGCGACGCCAUUGCCAUCUUCAUCAUGGGAAUAGCUGUGUUCGAUCCGCUCAAGAAGAUGCAGCCCUUGCGCUCUCUCAUAUUCCUCAGUGUCUUCCUCGUCCUCCUCGGUUUCUCCUUCUGCUUCCCAUGGAGAGGAAGGAUGGACGCUCUCUCUUUCACCUUUGGCUGCUGCCUCUCUUGCUUCGGCUUCUUUCCUCUCUCUGAAAUCGCCAACGAUAUCGUCUCUGCUGCCAUCGUCAAGGUCUACUCCGAGGACGGCGAGCUGGUCUGGCUGCAGCUCUUCUGGAGCAUGACAAGGCUGCCUGCUCGAGCUCUCGGACCUCUCGCGCUGAUCCUCGCGAUUGAUCUCGAUCCGACUGGAGUAAUCUGCUUCCUCCUCCUCUCCUCCUUGUCCUUCAUCGCCCUCGUUAUCUUCUUCGUCCUCCGCCAUUCUCUCAUCUCGCCUGACGUGCAAGAGGAAGCUGAGGUUCUCCCUGGAGCUGAAAUCUCGAUGAGGGAGGAUUUUCGCUUCGACAACUACUGGGAGUUGUAUCCGAACCAGCAAUGA